AUGGGCCAAGUCGAAGAACUCCCCGACGACUACGACGAGUCGCAAGCUCCUCCCCCUCCUCCAGCAGAACCAGCACCACCAGCAGCAGAACAACCCGGAAUCCCCGCGUCCGUCCUCGCCAACAAUAUACCAUUCCCAAUCAAAGAAGACAAGAUCAAAAAUGCCGAUCCAAUGGCCCCCGAAAUGCCGCCGGCCAUGGCCGCGAUACGGUCAUACACGGCCGACGAAUUGGCGGAUAUGAUGAAGAAGACACCACUGUUUAUGACGGAAUUGGACAGCGAGGAGGCCCAAAACAACGAACUUCUCCAAGCCCUAAACGCGCUGCAAUUCGAAGGCACGCGCGGUGACGUCGCGGCAAGUUUCCGCGAACAAGGCAACGAAGCAGCAAAACUCAAGCAGUGGAUCGACGCCAAGGAGUUUUACACAAAGGCGAUUGCGAUGCUAAACGUCAAGCCAGAGGACGACAAAUGGGAGAAACCGACGGAUCUCGCCAAAGAGGCAAAAUUACAGAGGGAGGCGCGCGAGGCGUGCCAUGCGAAUAGGGCGUUGUGCAAUUUAGAGCUGGGGAACUACAGAAUGACCAUACUCGACUGCGCAGAGGCGCUCAAAGUGAACCCAAAAAACGUCAAGGCGUAUUACCGCUCGUCGAUGGCGUUACUCAAACUCGACAAAAUCUCCGAAGCCGAAGACACGACGCUGCGAGGCCUGGCCAUCGAUCCAUCCAACAAAGCGCUCAAACUCGUCUCUGAAAAGAUCGCAAGCCGGAAAACCGUCCUGGAAGCCGUGGCUGCGCGCAAACAGGCCGAGCAGGAACGCAAGGAGCGCGAAACGCAGCUGCUCAACACGGCGCUCGAGGCUCGCCAGAUCCGCGUGCGCACCACAGAUAAGCAGCCGAAUAUGGAGGAUGCCAGCGUGCAUUUGACGCCGGAUCCGCUGUCGCCAGAGAGUACGCUGGUAUUUCCUACCAUGAUUCUGUACCCGUUGCACGCGCAGACGGAUUUUGUCAAGGCGUUUUCGGAAAUGGAUUGCGUCGCGGAUCAUCUCGAGUAUUUGUUACCCCUGCCCUGGGAUGAGGACAAAGAAUAUCGGGUGGGGAGUGUGGACUGCUAUAUGGAAACUGUCACCGGCGGCCUCAUCAAAGUGGGCAAGAAGCUGCCGCUGUUAAAGAUCUUGUCUGGCGGUAAAGUCGAGGUCGUUGAUGAACUCAUCAAGAUCAUGGUUGUGCCGAGUGCAAAGGCGCAGACAUUUAUUCAGGAGUUCAAGGAGAGGAAGAAGUGA